GGCUCGCAGGGAGAGGAGAUGAAUUACGAAUUCGAGCGAGAGAGCGGAUUUAUCAAUAGUCAGCCGUCGCUUGCUGAGUGCCUGACAUCUUUCCCCCCUGUCGCUGAUUCAUUUCAAAGUUCAUCAAUCAAGAGCUCGACACUGAUUCCUCCUCCCUUCGAGCAGACCAUCCCCAGCCUCAAUCCGGGCAGCCAUCCGCGCCACGGCCGCCCGAGACACAGCCCCGACGGAUGCAGCCCGCUGCCCACCGCCUCUCUGCCCCCGGAGUACCCGUGGAUGCGGGAGAAGAAAGCCUCCAAGCGGAACCACCUGCCCACGUCCACCGCUACCACUUUAUCCACUAAUGGGCCCGUGUGCUUCUCCCCAAAAGGCUCGCCUGAGGUCGCGGAAGGCGGAGGGAUAAGCGGCGGGUCCCGCCGGCUCAGGACGGCCUACACCAACACUCAGCUGCUGGAGCUGGAGAAGGAAUUCCACUUCAACAAGUAUCUGUGCCGACCCAGGAGGGUGGAAAUCGCGGCCCUGCUCGACCUGACCGAGCGGCAGGUCAAAGUGUGGUUCCAAAACCGACGCAUGAAGCACAAGCGUCAGACGCAGAGCAAGGAGAACCACAACGGCGAGGCGGGCAAGGGUCCCGGAGGCGGCGGGGAGGACGGAAUGCACAGCGACGAUGACGACGAGGGGCCCCCGUACGAGCAAAGCGGGGCCCUGCUGGAGAGAGACACUUUCUCCUUUCACAACAACAAUUUGGAAACCACGCAGCAAGUCCACAAUAGCAGCUCCGUGAGCUUUGCUGCUGCGCCGCUGAACAGCAAUGAGAAAAAUCUGAAACAUUUUCCCAACCCGUCACCCACUGUUCCGGGCUGCGUGUCAACAAUGGGCCCCGGCUCGGCAUCCGUGCCGGACAAUGGCGACAGUCCCCCAACCCUCGAGGUUUCUAUACACGAUUUUCAAGCUUUCUCGUCGGAUUCCUGCCUGCAGCUCUCCGACGCUGCCUCGCCGAGCUUGUCGGAAUCCCUGGACAGUCCCGUGGACAUUUCUGCAGAUACUUUCUAUUUUUUCUCGGAAUCUCUGACUACAAUCGACCUGCAGAAUCUCAACUAUUAACGCAAAUCAAUCACGACUGGUUCUUGUUCUUUUCGGGCUUAACUCACGUCGGUGUAUAUUCAGCACACAUUUUGUGGCACGGUAAGAGGAUAAGAGGACAGUAACUAUCAUUACGAUUUUUUUGGGGGGGUGGGGGUGGGUGAAAAUUAUUAUGGGUGUGUGUGGAAAUUCUACAAUAUCCGGGCUGGAUGGAGCGUGGUCAUUUUUAUUUUUGUAUAGCUUCCAAUGUCUUGACUAUUUUUGUUAGAAUACAAUUAACUUGCUACAAUCUUU